AUGGCACAAACCAGCACCAUUCUCCAGGGUGUCAAUAUCCUGGGCUCUGUUGGCCAGGAGCACAAGAGGAUUCUCACGCCCGAUGCCCUCGCCUUCCUCGCCCUGCUGCACCGUUCUUUCAACAACACACGCAAGCAAUUGCUGGAGCGCCGCAAGAUCCGUCAGGCCGAGCUCGACAAGGGUGUCCUACCCGACUUUCUGCCAGAGACCAAGCACAUCCGCGACAAUGCCACGUGGAAAGGCGCACCGCCGGCUCCGGGCCUCGUCGAUCGUCGGGUGGAGAUCACGGGCCCCACGGACCGGAAGAUGGUUGUCAAUGCCUUGAACUCGGAUGUCUGGACUUAUAUGGCUGAUUUCGAAGACUCUAGCGCCCCAACAUGGGACAACAUGAUCAACGGUCAGGUAAACAUGUAUGAUGCCGUCAGACGCCAACUGCAAUUCAAGCAAGGGCCCAAGGAGUACAAGCUGCGCACCGACCGGGUGCUCCCCACACUCAUUGUGCGGCCUCGUGGCUGGCACUUGGAGGAGAAGCAUGUGACCGUGGAUGGUGAGCCCAUUUCCGGAUCGCUCUUCGACUUUGGUCUCUACUUCUACCACAACGCCAAGGAGGCUGUCAAGCAAGGGUUUGGCCCCUACUUUUACCUCCCCAAGAUGGAGUCUCACCUCGAGGCCCGUCUCUGGAACGAUGUGUUCAACCUUGCCCAGGACUACAUUGGCAUGAGCCGGGGUACCAUUAGAGGUACCGUCCUGAUUGAGACCAUCUUGGCCGCCUUUGAAAUGGACGAGAUCAUCUAUGAGCUGAGAGACCACAGCUCUGGACUCAACUGCGGUCGCUGGGACUACAUCUUUAGCGUCAUCAAGAAGUUCCGCCAGAACAGCAACUUUGUCCUGCCCGACCGAAGCUCUGUGACCAUGACGGUGCCCUUUAUGGAUGCCUACGUCAAACUUUUGAUUCAGACUUGCCACAAGCGAGGUGUACACGCCAUGGGAGGCAUGGCCGCUCAGAUCCCUAUCAAGGAUGACAAGGCCGCCAACGACAAGGCCAUGGAGGGCGUGCGUGCCGACAAGCUGCGCGAGGUCCGUGCUGGUCACGACGGUACAUGGGUUGCCCACCCGGCCCUUGCCGCCAUUGCGUCAGAGAUCUUCAACAAGAACAUGCCGACGCCCAACCAGCUGUUUGUGCGCCGCGAGGAUGUCACCAUUGGCCAAAACGACCUGCUCAACAUGAACGUGCCCGGCAAGAUCACCGAGGAGGGUAUCCGCAAGAACCUUAACAUUGGUCUCGGCUACAUGGAGGCAUGGAUCCGUGGUGUUGGUUGUGUGCCCAUCAACUAUCUCAUGGAGGAUGCCGCUACCGCCGAGGUGUCGAGGUCCCAGCUCUGGCAGUGGGUGCGCCACGGCGUCACCACGGCCGAGGGCAAAAAGGUCGACAAGGCCUACGCGCUCAAGCUCCUCAAGGAGCAGGCCGAGGAGCUCUCGUCCAAGGCUCCCAAGGGCAACAAGUUUGGCCUGGCUGCGCAGUACUUUGGCGGACAGGUCACGGGCGAGGACUAUGCUGAUUUCUUGACUUCGUUGCUGUACAAUGAGAUUACGGCUGUUGGUACCGCCAGCCCGGCUAGUAAGCUGUGA